GAAAAUCCAGAGCAGAAAGAUUUGAAAUUUUAUAUGCCACAACUGCUGAUUCACCCAUCAGGAUCGAACUUAUUUUCUCUACCUUCUCUCUAUCUCCAUCCACGGUCUCUUCUCGCGUCAAAACCUAGCCGUAAUCGUUUUCUUUUGCACAACAUUCAGCGAUAAUGAGCGGUACUCCCGUAAAAAGGCCGCAUGAGGACGUGGGUCGCGGCGGAGGUGGGAGUAAUUCAUCGGGUUCUUCAAACUACCCGCAUGAUGAAACUGGCGGUGGGUAUCCUAGUAGUGUUCCAAAGCUCCUUCCAACCGCAGGUUCUAAUCCCCAUUUCCAUCUUCAACCUAUGGAUCAUGCUCCCCACCCAGUUCCUAGGGUUCUGCCUAAGAUUCCACGUUCUGAAUCGUCUGAUAGGAGGCAAACCUCGAUUCCAGUGCAUCCUAGACCACCCACUGCCUCCUAUGACUAUUCGCAUCCUGACCAAGGAGCGGCUUCUGUUUUAGAACAUAGGUUAGACCCGAGGGAAAACCCUUAUAACAGGGAUCCAAAAUUUGAGAACCGAGAACCUGGGAUGGGGAAUAGAGGAGAUGAAGGUAAAGACUUGAAAUUUAAGAGGGAAUCAUAUCCGUUAGAGCAUAAGAGUGAAAAUGUGAAAGUAGAUAAGGAAGGUUUUGGCUCAGGUAGUAAUAGUCACUUGUACUCGAAAGAAUGUAAAGAGAACUAUAGAAUAAAGAGAUAUACAGGUACCCCGAGUGUUAAUACUGAGAUGUGUAAUCCAUCAUGUAGUAAUGUGCAUGGACAGAUUGACAGAGAUGUUGUCGAGAAGGAAGUUUUACCUGAACAGAGGGAUCCCAUGGAGGUUCAUGAAGCAACUGGGGAUAAUAAGGCAGACUUGAAAGGUGAAGAUAUGCUUAAAGAAAAAGAUAAGAAGAGGAAAGAAUUCAAACAACGUGAUUGGGGAGAAAGAGAUUGGGAUAAAGAGUCGGUUAAGGAAGAACUUGAAGUUGAAAAGUUGGACGAUAGGGAAAAGAAGAAUAUUGCCAAAGAUAAGGAGAAGCCCAAAGAACAGGAGCAGAAACCUGAUAAGGGAGACGUAUCAAGUGGAGCCGAGAAAGAUGGUUUACAUGGAGAGGAGUCGAUUGAUGCUGUUGGUAAGACACCUGAGCUAGAAAGUGUAGGAACAGAUACCAAUAAAGCUAGCAGGAAGAAAGAAAGAGAUGCUGACAUGGAAGGUGAAAGACCUGAGAAACGUAGUAGGUACAAUGGCAAAGAAUCAGAUGAUGGUUGUCCAGAUGCUGAAACAGGCAGUGAAAGGGAAAGAAAUGUCUUUAAUUAUGGUGUUCAACAACGUAAGGAUACGCUUCGACCACAAGGUAGUCCUCAAGCAGCAAACCGUGAGCAGUGUUUGUCAUCCAGAACACAAGAAAUUCAAGGAUCUCAGGGUAAAUGUGAUGUAUCCAUUGUAACCUAUAGAGCUGGUGAGUGCAUGCAAGAGCUUCUGAAAUUGUGGAAGGAAUAUGAGGCAUCUCAAGAUAAAUUGGGUGAAAAUUCUCGAAAUGGACCAACUCUUGAGAUCCGCAUACCAGCUGAACAUGUCAGUGCAACAAAUCGGCAGGUUAGAGGUGGCCAGCUAUGGGGAACUGAUAUCUACACCAAUGAUUCAGAUCUUGUUGCUGUCCUCAUGCACACCGGUUAUUGCCGACCAACUGCCUCUGCUCCACCAUCAGUUGUUCAAGAGUUACGUGCUACUAUUAGGGUGCUACCUCCAAAAGAUAGCUACAUUUCUACUUUGAGAAACAAUGUUCGCUCCAGAGCUUGGGGAGCUGGCAUUAGUUGCAGUUACGGUGUAGAAAGCUGUUGCAUUUUGAAGAAAGGAGGCGGUACAAUUGAGCUUGAGCCUUGUCUUACGCAAACAUCGACACUGGAACCAACUCUUGCUCCUGUUGCAGUGGAACACACAAUGACUACAAGGGCUGCAGCUUCUAAUGCUUCAAGGCAACAAAGAUUUGUUCGAGAAGUGACGAUACAAUACAAUUUGUGCAAUGAACCUUGGAUUAAAUACAGUAUAAGCGUUGUAGCAGAUAAGGGCUUGAAAAAAGUAUUGUAUACAUCUGCACGACUAAAGAAGGGCGAGGUUUUGUAUCUAGAAACUCAUACAAGGAGGUAUGAGCUCUGUUUCAUGGGAGAAAAGAUAGUCAAGAAUAACACUUCCCAGACUCAUGAUUCAGAAGAAACACAUGGCAUACACACAGCAAACGGAGGUGGAUCAGAUGGGGAUUCGAUUGAUGUUUUUAGGUGGUCUCGUUGUAAGAGCCCCCUGUCACAGAAAGUCAUGAGAACAGUUGGGAUUCCUUUGCCUCUUGAACAUGUGGAAGUAUUAAAGGAGAAUCUUGACUGGGAGGAUAUCCAGUGGUCACAAACGGGCGUGUUCAUGGCAGGAAAAGAGUAUCUUCUUGCUCGUGCGCAUUUUAUAUCUCCUUUAUGAGGUGUUUUGGAUCGUCUUCUCUCUAAUAAUGUUAUUAGUGUAGUAGAUAAGAAUAUUAGACUUGUUGAUGCAUGUCCUUGUUAUAUUAUUAUAGAAUUAUUAUGAAUGACUUUUAUAGUUCACAGGUAGUGGUAGAGUUCAAUUCUUCAUGACCAUUGAAAAAAAAAAAGAAACACUAUUAUGGACUUAUAUAAUUUUCUGCAAA